CCCUCGGCGGAUAGCUACAGGAGUUGAAAACCCAUCGACGGAGGCUGCAAAAUCUCCGCCACCAGAGCCCCAGAAGACGAGGUUUUGCAUUCGGCGAAGGAGAUAAAGGCGCGUGUUGAAACAGCUGCUCGAAACAAUGGCGUGUCUCCUCUCGACUUGCCCUCGCCCUUUUCUCAGGGACCUCUCAGAUUGUAGACUUAUUAUUUCUCGAUCAAGCAUACAUGAUAUUACUUGUUUGAGACUCCAGAAGAAGGGUAUCUCAGCAGUCUCCAGGGGAGAAUCUCAAGCACUCGGCGAGGAAGAUAAAAGCAACAUGGUGAGUCCUAGAAAAGGAUCUAAGGCCACUCCACGUACUCCAAGGCGUAGCAGAAAGAAAACUCCAGCUGAUAAUCUAGAACAAAGUCCUAUGGAAACGGUCAGUAGUACGGUUGAAGAGAGUUCUACUUUAGUGCCAUCUGGAGAUUCUAAGAAAACGACAAGAAAACCCAGGAAGAAAGUUAGUCAGUUACCAAUUUCCCAAGAGGAGAAAACUGUGAAAAGAGCUGGUAGGAGGUCUUCUAAAAAGACUGAAUUGACAGAAGUGAAUUUGAAAGAACUUACUAUUCACAACAACCUCACAGAGGCAGAUUUGUCAAAUAGAGAACAGCAAGAGCUGCAAAUAGCAGAUGAUGAUGGUGAGGAUAUUAGUCACACUUAUGCUUGGCCUCCUCUUGUUUGCUGCUUUGGAGCUGCACAGUAUUCAUUCUUACCUUCUGGAAGGUCAGCUAAUAGAUUGAUAAACCACGAUAUACAUGAGUCAAUGAAGGACAUGUUUUGGUCACCAGAGAAAUUUUUCAGAGCGCCUGGAGGGCCAGCAUCCAGUGUUGCCAUAGCUCUUGCUGCUAUAGGUGGUCGAGUUGCAUUCAUGGGAAAACUUGGGGAUGAUGAAUAUGGUCAGAACAUGUUGUAUCAUUUAAACAUAAAUAAUGUACGAACUCGUUCUAUCACACUUGAUAGUUCAAGGUAUACAGCACUAUCCUACAUGAAAAUUUCUAGAAGGGGGGGCCUCAAAGUGAGUUGCUCAAGACCUUGCGCGGAGGAUAGUUUUUUGAGCUCCGACAUAGAUAUUGAUGCCCUAAAGGAGGCAAAAAUGUUCUAUUUUAAUUCUUCAUCUUUGCUUGACCAAAACAUGAGAUCUACAACCUUGCAAGCCAUCAAAGUUUCCAAGAAAUUUGGGGGUGUCAUAUUUUUUGAUCUUAACCUCCCUCUGCCACUUUGGAAAUCUAGUGAAGAAACUAAAGCCAUUAUACAGGAAGCAUGGAAGCAUGCCAAUGUAAUUGAAUUGACCAAACAAGAACUUGAGUUUCUUUGUGGUAUUGAGCCUUUGGAGAAGUUUGAUACCAAGGAUAACGACAAGUCUAAAUUUAUUCACCACAAAUCAGAAACGGUUAUGCAGUUAUGGCACGAAGACCUCAAGGUCCUUUUUAUGACAAAUGGAACUUCUAAAGUACACUACUAUACAGCAGAUGCCAAUGGAUCAGUUCAUGGGAUGGAGGAUGCCCCUAUUACUCCCUUCACAGGUGACAUGUCAGCAUCUGGUGAUGCCAUGGUUGCUGCACUGAUGAGAAUGUUAACAGUCCAACCUGACUUAAUUACCGACAAGGGGUACUUGGAACACUCAAUCAAGUAUGCAAUUAAUUGUGGAGUCACUGACCAGUGGUUACUUGCUAGAGUUCGUGGUUUCCCUCCUAAAGAAGGUAUGGAUGCAUCAGAGUACGAAGAAGGCAGAAUUAAGUCAAUUACUGAAAGAGAAUAUCGCACGGUGUAAGGAUUUGUUUCACCAUUUUUAACAUCUUUUUGGAAGAUUUUUGAGGUUCCAGAGUAAAUUUCAUCUCCACUGAGUUGGGAUGAUCCUAACACCUGCUACUAGAAAGUAGUCACCCUGAGCAAAGAGGUAUCAAGAUUUUGGAGUUUCUGGCGUGUCUUCUUGACAUUGGUAAUUUGUAUAUGCAAAGCCUGUUAUUGUUUUUUCUAGUUGUUUAAAGUGUAGUUUGUUUGAGAUAUCAAAAAACUUGGUAGUGGCUAAUACUUGUAACAAACUUUGCAGACAUAUCUUUGCCUCGAUCUUGAAAUCUACGCAAACAGCAAAAUAACUCAA